UAAGCACAGCUGGAGCAGAAGACAAUAUCGACCAACGUUACCUCCAAAAUCUAAAACCAUGGCCUCCAAAUGCUCCUCCGUCCCGUACACUGCUCUACCUUCCCACCGUGUUCCUCAAAACGUCAUCGUUUUAUCCUACUACCGCCCUCCACCCGACCCCCAGAUCGUCUUCAUUCGCCGCUGCAUCUUCUUCACUUUCGCCAUACUCCUCCUCUCUGCUGCCGUUUUCUUUCUAUAUCCCUCUGAUCCUACUCUCCAAGUCACACGAAUUCGACUCAAUCACGUCCAUGUCAACUCGUAUCCGACACUUACUCUCGACCUCUCCUUCUCUGUAGUUAUCAUGGUCCGAAACAGGGAUUUCUUCUCGUUAGACUAUGACUCUCUCGAUGUCUCGGUUGGGUACAGAGGGAGAGAGCUAGGGCUUGUGCAUUCUCAGGGAGGGAAACUUAGAGCGAGAGGAUCGUCGUACGUGAAUGCCACGCUUGAUUUGAAUGGGCUUCAGGUUAUACACGAUGUGUUUUACUUGAUCGAGGAUUUGGCUAGGGGUAUUAUCCCCUUUGAUACCAAUACCAAGGCCAAUGGAGAGCUUGGGCUCUUGUUUUUCAAACUUCCCAUUAAGGGAAGAGUGUCAUGUGAAGUGUAUGUGAAUACUGCCAACCAGACAAUUGUCCGUCAAGACUGUUACCCUGAGUGAUAUGGUGGGGGCGUCAUCAUUUUCUUCAAGACUGGCAGAUUGUCUUGAAGUGGAAGGACAUGGAGGAGCAUCUUCCGUCGUGAAUAUAUAGUGGAAGGUAAAUAUUUUGACGUUUCCAAUAGCCGUUUGAGCAAGUAGACUAGUAAUUGUAUCCGUCAAUUGCUUGUCUGUACAAAGGAUUCAUUUACCAAGGAACAACAGUAUCUAUGUAUUUUAACUUUAUGAGUUAUUAAAUUAUAUUCAUUUGGAGGCUUGUUGCUCCUGUUUA